AUGAAGUUCGCACUGCAGGCUUUGGCUAUUGCCGCCGCCCUGGCUACGCCAGGACUGGCGGUUUUGAAGCCCGGAUCAGCUACGAAGAUCACACCUCCUCCGAGCCAUGGCUUCAUCAUUGAGUUGGAGCCAACCGCUGCCUCUAUCAAUGGUCGAGCUGCCGAUGGCAUUGAAGUUGAUGCUCAUUCUGCGUUCCAUCGCCGAGCUGAAGACGUGCUGGACUAUUCGGUCCGACAUGAAUUCAGAAACCCGGAAUAUUUCUAUGGACUCUCGAUCAACGCCAAAAAUGAUACGGACAUCACCACUCUUUUGGCUUUGCCGCAAGUCAAACAGGUCUGGCCCAACCGAUACUAUGAACGCCCCGCCCCUGUGAUUCACGGCAGAAGCUCCAAAGCUCCCAAUGAAUACGUUCCGGUCGGAGUCCAGCCUAUUCAUUUGCGAGACGUUGCGCAAGUUGCGACAGUGAACGGGACCAGCGAUGUUCUUUCUAGCCUGAAGAUGACAGGUGCCGAUAAAGUUCACGGCCUAGGAGUUACUGGCAAAGGCGUCAAAAUUGGAGUCUUGGAUACUGGAGUUGAUUAUCGUCAUCCAGCUCUCGGAGGCGGCUUUGGAGCUGGCUUCAAGGUUUCAGGAGGCUACGAUCUGGUCGGGGAUGAUUUUGUGGGAUACAACGAUCCGGUGCCCGAUGAUGAUCCGUUGACAACUUGUCUUGAUGGAGGUCAUGGAACUCAUGUUGCUGGAAUCAUCGCUGCUAGGGAUCCUGACGGAGUUGGCUUUGGAAUUGUCGGAGUCGCUCCUGACGCAUCGUUGUAUGCCUACCGAGUUUUGGGCUGCACCGGAGGCACGACCGAUGACAUCCUGAUGCAGGGAUUCGAAAAGGCAGCAAGCGAUGGUGUCGAUCUCAUCAGCAUGUCUAUUGGAGAGACCGCUGUCUGGGAGACUGGGUCACCUUACGUUCCUCUUCUUGCAAAGAUUCAAGCUCAAGGUAUCGGCAUGACAGUGGCUGCUGGCAACGAGGGAGAUCAGGGUAUCUAUCUGUCUUCUGCUCCCGCCCAGGACGCCAGCGUUAUCUCGGUCGGCUCUGUCAGCGACGUGGUCUUCACGACGAUGUACAACGCUGUUGGCUCAGAUGACUCAACGAUCGAGUACGCUCGAGUGGUUCCUAUCAAUGCGUCCGCUCGUUACAAUGUUUUUCACGCAGACGACGAUCAACAGAACUGUGUGGACCAGGCAUGGACUGACGCGAUCGCUGCAUUUCCAGAGAAGGACAAUGUCAUCGUACUGAUUAGCUCAGGCAGCAGCUGUACUCUCGACCUUGACGUGCGCACCAAUUCUUCUGGCUUCAAAAAUGUCUGGGAGUGGUUGCCUGACACCAGCGACGUUGAAAUCGACUCUCCGGGGGCUAACGGGGACGUGGACAUUGUGAGAAUCAAGAAGUCUGAGUCAGACAAGAUCCUGGCAGGUAUUGCAGAACAAGGAAGAAACUACACUUUGACUUUCAAAGACCAGAGCGUUCAUCAAAUCCCGCAACCAACCGGAAACACGACUUCAUGGUUCUCAACUUUUGGUCCCACUAUGGAGAUGUCAUUGAAGCCACAGGUUUCGGCACCGGGGGGCACUAUUCUCAGCACCUGGGUCACUUCCAACGGUUGGGGCUAUGCGAUCAUCUCUGGCACUUCGAUGGCCACCCCUCAUCUUGCUGGAUGCUAUGCUCUUCUGAAGCAGAAGUUCCCUAGCCUCUCUCCGAAAGAGAUUGCGAGACGCCUGCAAUCAUCCGCAACUCCUCUGAACCAGUACGAAGGGGGCGGAAUCUUGACAACGGCGGCCCAACAAGGAUCGGGUCUGGUCAAUAUUUUGAAGGCAGUCUCAACCGAGACAGUGUUUUCGACCACGGAGUUCAACCUUGGAGAUACUGCCAAACCCGCCAAGCAGAACUUCACGAUUGAGAAUCAGUCUGCCCAGGCCAAGACGUACUCGAUUGACCAUCAGGGUGCCGCCGAAGUUGAUGCACUCCCCAAGGCCAAGACUCUUGACGUCAACGAUAUGUUCUACUGGUCACUCAACUUCAACUCGAUCUAUGCCAACGUUUCCUUCAGCAAGAAAUCUCUGACAAUUCCCUCUGGCGGCAAAGCUACGGUCGAGUUCGAAAUUCAACCUCCUGAAAUUGACCCUAGCCUGCUGCCUGUGUACAGCGGCUUCAUCACAAUCACUGAUGAUGACGAAGAGUUCGUCCUUCCUUAUAUCGGUAUCCCGUAUGCCCGAAGCACUCAGCCGAAUAUUUAUACGGGCGAUGUCCCGAACCUAUCGCCAGAGCUGCAGCCCCCAGCGGGAAUCCCUACACUUCCCUUUAUCAGUGCAGGGGAUACUGGCGUUCGUAACAACGACAGGAUGGUCUUCAACUUUCCGGCCAAGGACGUCCCAGAAAACGAGACACGUCCGGCUGACAACAACCCUAUCAUUACUCUCUUCAUCAACCAGCCCUCCGCAUACGUUCGCUUGGAUGCUGUUCCUGUUGAUCUUGCUUCGAAUCCCGCCUACAACUUCACACCUUCAUCUCUUGGUUACAUUCCCGGAGGACCCUCGAACUCGACUUCCUUCACUAACACCACCACCCUGCAACCGCCUUUGGAUCUCAACUCGCUCGACAACUUCGCUGGGGUCAAGAGCUACGGCCUGAUUGGCUCUAUGUACGGCGGUGACAAGCCUAAGUAUACUACGUCAAUCCUGUUCCGUGGCUACAGCGUUUACGGUACCGAAUGGACUUGGGCCGAGGUCGAGUUGGCUAAUGGAACUUUAUACCAACUCCCUAAUGCAGACUAUCGUGUUCUUGUUCGAGCAUUGAGAUGGGGUGGAGAUAUCAACGACUCGAGCGAUUAUGACAGCUGGCUCAGCCCGGUCGUCAGGGUUAACAUUACAGACCCUGGGUAUCCCAACCCAUGGAACUCAGUCUGA